GAGACGGCUGGGACGGCAAAGCAGCCAUUCUGCUUCCCCAGAACUUCCUGACUCGUUCGCGUUGGGCAGACGCUAAACGCAAAGGAACAAUGAUCUUCGGAGAAAUUGAGACUUUUAAAUCUUUCACUUCAAUUUUCUGUUCGUUAAUCCGAUUUGAGUCACUUCUUAUCUCGAAAUCCGGGGGUGGCUCAGGGAUAUUAGAGCCCCUUUCCCAUAUUUUCUGUGCAAAUUUUUAGAUUUAUUUUGCAGAGACAUUCUUCAAAAAGUGCUACGGAGCUUUACAAUCUAUUCCCCAUUUAUUUACCAUUGUCUUACAUGUCCAUAAUUCGUCAUCAUGGCGACAUCCAAUUCGCCAGCCGCGACCAAUGUCCAAAGCGAGCCACAACCACCACCACCACGCUCAGAGAAGAAAUACGCCUCAAUCGUUCCCGAUGGCAGUAGAUCGGAUCCACCUAAUGCGCUUCGGCUCGAACCGACAAUAUCGAACAUCAGUCACCAUGACAUGUCCGAUGUACAAUAUGUGCCCACGGGCGAGAACGACGAGGUCUACAAACGCUUCACAGAACGUCGCAAGCACAUAAUUGUUGUAGUAUUGUCCUUCUGCAGUUUCCUUGCACCAGUGUCGUCGACUACCGUAUUGUCUGCCGUUCCAGAAGUAGCUGAGACGUUUGGGUGUGAUGGAGCCAUCAUCAACUUGAGUAAUGCCUUGUACAUGCUAUUCAUGGGAAUAAGUCCUUGUUUUUAUGGACCAUUUGGGAAUAUCUAUGGAAGGAAAUGGGUUUCUUUCUCUAGUGCAGCUUUGUUCUUUGCAUUCUCUAUUGGCACCGCACUGGCUCCUAACUUGGUUUCAUUCUUCAUCUUUCGUAUCUUGACCGCUUUCCAAGGAACAGCUUUCUUGGUCAUUGGGUCCAGUGUCAUUGGCGAUAUCUACCAACCUACGGAACGUGGUACAGCUCUUGGAUGGUUCAUGUCAGGCACCCUCAUCGGACCAGCCCUAGGCCCUUUCAUCGGUGGCAUAAUCGUAACCUUCCGAACCUGGCGAGACAUCUUCUGGCUUCAGACCGCACUCGCAGGGACAGCAACCUUCCUCGUCCUAUUCCUCCUCCCCGAAACCAUCCACUGCAAGCGCUCCGAAGAACUCAAAGGCCUGCCCACCAGCCAAAAGGCACACAAGAUGUGGCAAUGGCUGAACCCCUUCCGCGUCAUCCGUCUCUACCGAUACCCCAACCUCCUGACCGUCGCCCUCGCCUCCUCCUCCCUCGUCUGGAACAUGUACUCUCUCCUCACGCCCAUCCGCUACAUCCUCAACCCCCGCUUCAACCUCACCUCGCCCCUCCAGUCCGGCCUCUUCUACGUCGCCCCAGGAUGCGGGUACCUCGUUGGCACUUUCUUCGGCGGCCGCUGGGCCGACCACAUCGUGAAGAAAUACAUCGGCAUUCGCGGCCAGCGAGUCGCAGAAGACCGGCUACGAAGCUGUCUCCUGUUCAUGGGUGCCGUGAUUCCAGCUUGCAUGCUGGUGUACGGAUGGAGUAUAGAGAAACGCGUUGGUGGCAUCGCUCUACCCGUUAUCAUGAUGUUCCUCCAGGGCGUCGCUCAACUGUUUUGUUUCCCGAGCUUGAACGCCUACUGUUUGGACGUCAUGCAGAGUCGUAGUGCGGAGGUCGUUGCGGGCAACUACAUGCUCCGAUACUUGUUCGCUGCCGCAGGUUCGGCAGCGUGUCUCCCCGCCGUGCGGAAGAUCGGUGUCGGGUGGUUCUCGACCAUCUCGGCUGUGUUCCUCGUCCUUGCUGCUGUGGCGACGUAUGUUACCACGCUCUAUGGGAAGGAGUGGCGAGACUCGAUCAAUGAGAAGAAGGCGGCGAAGAAGGAGGGAGAGAAUAGGGUUUGAGUUUGAGGUGAUUCGAUGUUGUGGUUUUUUACUAAGAGAUACCUAUUUGGAGUUACUGGUCGUCAUCAAUUUUGCAUCUAGAUUUCUUCUUGUUUUGGGUUGGGCGUUGGAAACAAAAAAGUUGAAAACAUGUUGGCAUUUUUGAUACCUUUUUGCGGCGUUUGGACAUAAGAAAUUGCAUGGGAGAGGGAAGUUGAUUUGUAUGAGACCCAUCUUCAUAUACCGUAAUAAAUUAAUAUAAUCGCCAUUGAUCGG